AUGAAAGAAAACAAUACUACUCUGCUUCGUUGCCAACCUGCCUGGCGUUGCCAUUGUUUACAACAACGACUGUUUUCGUCUUUUUUACUCAGAAUACGGACGAAAUUUAAAGCGGGUGGUUGUGUAAACGGACGUCGUCAUCUGUCGCCGUUGCUGUUCUCGAAUUAGUGAAUUGUGAAAAAAUAGCAAUUUGCUUGCUUGUGCUGUAUCUCUAAAAAAAGUGAAAAAUAAAUUAUAUUUUUUAUACAUAAAAGAAGUAAAAAAGAGGAAUAAAAUGAAUAGAAAAAGUGAUUGAAUUUUUCCCAAAAGUUUUGCUGUAAAAGCCCACAACAAAACAGAGAACUUUUAAAGUCUCACAUUUGCAAAGAGAGCCGGCUGCAGCCAGCUAUAGCAGCAGGAUUUCCUGUGCAGCAUCCGACUGACGUCGUAACCUACAUCAAAGAACAUCAAAAAAAUUUAAAAAAUUGCAAAAAAAAAAAAAAUCCGCCCACCCAAAAUCCGUGUGUGUUUACAUCACCGAUAUUUUUUAUACGAAUUUGGUUUUCGAAAUCGUGUUUUGUUUGAGUUCCUUUUUUAUCGUGAAAACGAAAAUACAACUUCUUACAUCCAUCCAUCCAUUACAAUUUAUGUUUAUACAUAUGUAUAUGUGAAAAUAUCAACAAUAAAAGUGUUACAGAAAAUAAUCUCUAGAGUGCAAUAAAAACAACAAAUAAGAGCCAGCAACCCCUUGUAAGGGGUAAAUCAAAAGGAACGAAUUUGUGGUGAAUCAAACGGGUUGUUUCGGAGGAAAUUGGAAUAAUAAAGAUUGUGCAAUACUUUGUUAAGGGAAUAGGAAGUGGAAGAAGCAUCGAGUGCAUGCGGAAAAAGAUCCUUUGAACACACACACACAUACACGCCCAUCCCAAAAAGAAAAAAAAACAGAAUGUUGGACUUUUGGCUAUAACAGUGUCAUGUUGCCAUGACCUUCAUCGUCAAGGAGGAAUAGCAACAGUGUAAUUUGUAAAUACUUACUACAACAACAACUACUACAACAACUGCAACUAAUAACAACGAGUAGUCUCUUCCAUUUACCCUCAGCAAAAAAAAAGAAACAACAAAAAACUCCCACACACCCAAAAAAAAAAAAACAAAAUUACAAAAACAACGCAAACAAAAUGGCAUUCAGUUACGCCUGCCUUACACUGCAACGUGUAGUCCUACCAAUUGUUUUGGUAUUAGCUGCACUAUAUCGUCCUGUCGGUAUAUCCUUCGUAUACCUGUUGAUGUUCUUCGUGUCGCCGUUCAUACCGGUGGCCACAAAACAGAACUUCAAGGGUUCUGUCACAGCGUAUUUUAUAAUUCUUCUAGCGUUAAGUACCAUACUCCUACUAUGUCACAUUGGACUGCAAGUUUCGAUAUUUGCCCUGCACAUUGGGGAUAUGUUCGGGACGUGUAGCGUUACCGAACGACUGCUGAGGCACAUUGGAUUUAUUGGUUUUCAAAAUUUGAAAGCCUUUGCCAUUGUUGAAUGGCUGGCCCCAGAAGUGGUGGUCUUCAUCACCUCCCUUGUCGUGUACAUAAUCUCCAAAAAAAUCACCCAAACUGUUGAGCCCCAAUUGGAAACUGGGGAUGUGGAGGUGGCGAUACGUGAAAACGGUGGAGGAGGAGGAGGCAGUGAAAAUCCGAAUGAGGAAAUCUCCAAUGCCCUGGUCGAAGAUGCACAAAGACAAAAACAUGUUGUGGUGGCGGCGGCAUCCUCAUCAUCUGCUGCGGCAACAGUCGACGAUAAUACCAAGCCAAAUUUCGAUGGACUGAUAAAAAUAUCUCCCCUUUUCUGUUUGGCAACCCUUUUCUUUUCGGCCGUCCUGCGACCCAGUGUACCAGGUGGUUUUUAUUUUUCAAUAUUCCUACUGUCGGGUCUGUACUGGGCAACGUUCCAAACAUUGCAAAGGAAAUUUGCCAUGUUAUUACGUUUCGUUAUGGUUGUCAUUGUGGCCCAUACCCUUUGUAUUGUCGCCUAUCAAACGCCAUGGAUGCAGGACCAUUUGGAGAAGACAAGUUUAACAGCCAGAUUAAUUGGCCUGGAACCUCUCAUCACAUCCAAAUGUGCCGAUGACAUCCGAAUCAUUGUCUACAACACGGAAUACAAAGCGGAUUCAUUUUUGAAUCCGAUUGUGUUAUUCUUUACCUAUUAUGCAUUAGCCCUAACCACCAAGAAUCUCAUUAAAAUAAGGGUUACUUUACGCCGUGAUCAACAACGUCCUCAAAAUAUAACUGAACCGACUGAAACAACGCCUUUAAUGCGUGCGGCUACACGUAAACCGGCCAAUGAUACGAACAGUUCAACUGUUGCUAUUGGCGGCGGAGCCAUUGGCCAAACGUCACCCAAUGACAUACCGCUGAGCAGUAUGGAAACAAAUCGUUCCCACAAUCGCGAAGAGGAAUACAAAUCGGGAAUAUUGGAUCAAAUUGCCUAUGGCAUAACCGGCGUUGGUGGUUUUAUCUAUCAAAAUAGUUAUAUAUUCACCAAUGUUCUGAUGAUGGCCUGGUCAAUCAUCUACCACAGUUGGCUGACAUUUGUGCUGCUGCUGUGGGCCAAUGUUCUGUGGAUGAUACCGAAUCAGCGCAAAGCCAUGAUGCGUUCGAGUCUUUUUAUUGUAAUUUAUGCGGAGUUGUUGUUAAUAGCCCAAUAUAUUUAUGGCAUGGAUUUGACAAAUGACGAAUUGCCCUCCAAAAUUAAGAUAACCGGCAUUAAUUUACAACAAAUCGGUUUUGAACGUCCCAAAGACAACGACAUGCAGCCCUGUGUUCCGCUGAUAGUGAAAACCUCAUUCCUGCUGAUGUUCUGGGUGACAAUGCGUCAGUUCUUCAAAGAGAAGACGGACAAACGUCGUGACAGCACCCUGGCAGAUAUGUUUGCACCGUUGCAUUUAUCGGUACGCUCAUCGGCGCUCGAUGGCGAUGAUGCUGAUGGUGGGGCCGAUGCCAAGAAAACCUCAAAGUUCCUAAAGAAAAUUGGCACCGUAAUUAAGAAUCUCUUGGUGCGCCUGUGGAUUUGGCUGUUGAUUCUGGUCAUUUUCCUGUGCGCCAUGACAGGUGAUAAAAUGACUGGGUUCCGUAUCUGUUAUAUGGCCCUGUUCCUGUUCUUCUUAUUGGUAUUCCAAUCAUCGUCCAAGGCCUGGGUGAAACUGAUGUAUGGUUUCUGGUUGUUCCUAAUCUUCUAUGCCAUGUCCAUAUUGAUUCUGAUCUAUACCUAUCAGUUUGAUAAGUUCGAUCAGUACUGGAAUGACUAUUUGAAUAUAUCCAAGACUUUACAAACCGACAUUGGUCUGGAACGCUACAAGACCAAAGAUCUGCUCCUGCAUUUCAUUUCGCCCACCAUCAUUGUCAUUCUAACCGUGAUCCAGGUUCACUAUUUCCAUAAACGUUUUAUUGCCUCGAUGAAUCAAACACCGGUGGUGGAGAAACCCGGCCCCGAUCAACAGCAACGACAGCGCACAAAAAGCGGCUCCCGCCCAGCCGAUUAUGAAAUGAAAGAUUUCACCGAAUCUGCCGGGGAGUUGGUGCGUUUGUUUUUGAAACGUUCCCGCCAAAAGGCCGAAAAAUUCCUAAAACAAUUCAAGGGUGUUUUCUGGAGUAUUUUGGAAUUGCAUUGGAUUAAAGUGGUCUAUAUAACGGCAUUUGUGUGCGCCGUCAGUGAGGUCUCCUUGCUCCACGUACCGUUCAUUGUGCUGUGCGUCAUUGGCGUCAUCUCCAAUGUACGCAUGCGCAUAUUUUUCAGUCGUGUCAUCUCGCUGGUUGUCACUCUCAUUGUGCUCUCAAAAAUGAUCUAUCAAAUUGCCUAUUUGGAUCAUACGAAAUAUAAUGCCGAGUGCACGGAAAAUGGUCAAACAAAAAUUGUCGGCAAUAAUGCCGAAUGGUUUGGUCUGUUUAAGGCAAAUUCCGAAACGGGCCUAAUGGGUCUGCUGAAAAAAUAUAUCAUUUAUAUGGUCAUAGCAACAUUGCAUGCUGUCAUCUCAUUGCGACAAUAUCAAAUGCGCCGUCUCAAGGGUACACAAAAUGAUCCCUUGCCGAAAGUACCCUUCCCUGAGGUAACCCGUGAAGAUGCCGAAAAGAAACUGGAGAGUAUGAUUAAAUAUUUACUCAAUUAUGGUUUUUAUAAAUUCGGUUAUGAGAUUUGUAUGAUUGCCUUGGUCUCGACCAUAACCUAUCGGCAAGAUAUUGUGGCGGUUGCCUAUGCUGUGUGGUUGGUGUUAUUGCUGAUAUUCAAGAGGAAAAAGAUUGCCCAUUUCUGGGGUAUUUUCCAAAUAUUCAUAUUGAUUUCGAUUAUUGUGCAGUAUAUUGUUUUGGUCCAAUUGCCACCCACGAUGUGUACGAAAUACAUUUGGGAAGGCUCCCCCUUCUCGGACUCCAUCCAACGCUGGGCAAUGCUACCGGGUCACCUGAAAUACGAUCACACCAAAAAGUUAAUAUUCGAUUUUAUAUUACUGCUCUUGGUGAAUCGUCAGAAACGUGUCUUCUCCAUUGAAAAUAUACCCAACUUCCCGGGUGGCAGUAAUCAAUCGGUGGUCAAGGACAUUGCCAAUCUGGGCAAAGUAGAAUUCGUUAAUCCCACUCAUGAUUUCCUCUCACACAUGCGCAACUAUUUGGAUAUUUUCAAGCAUGCCAUCUUGUGUGGCUUCUAUUGGGUAACUUUAGCUGUGGUGUUUUUGGCUGGUACCAGCAUAGCAGACUUUUUGGCUUUGGGCUAUCUGAUUGGGGCUUUCUUCUUUUUGUGGGAGGGCUCUGAUUUCUAUUUGCGGCCAAUUAAAUCGAUAAUUGGUCUAUGGAAAAUCCUUAUAGCCUAUAAUGUAGCCAAUAUUGUGAUAAAGACCUGCUUGCAAAUGGCUGGUUGUAUGUUCAUGGAAAACUUGGUGACGAACUGUUGUUGGCUUGUCCACAUGUUGGGCAUCAAUUGUGCCAGCAAUGGUCCGCCAGCGGUUGAUGUCGACGAUGAUAACGACACUGACUGCCCUGCCACCACAGUACAAGUUGUCCUGCUAUGGGAUUCGAUAUGUUUUGCCUUCUUGAUAUUCCAAUUGAGAAUAUUCAAAUCACAUUAUUUCUGUCACAUCAUCACCGAUACGCGGGCGAAUAAUAUUUUGGCUUCGAGAGGUGCCGAAAUCAUUGAACAUUUGCGCCAGAAACAAAUCGAAAAACGCCAAGAAUACGAGGAGGAGGUAUUGCACAAAAUCAAACGUAAAAUGGAAAAGAUCCGCGCCACGCAGCAGAAAAUGCUUAGACCUUUAGAAAAACCCACACACUUUGAUGAACAUGGAAAUCCAGUUUAUGGCUCACGACCACAUAAAAGGAAAGAAAUUAAAUUGCAUCCUGCCGCUGUCCGUGCUGGUGAUUAUUACAUGUUCGAGGAUAUUGAUGAUAAAUUUGAAUUGGAUUUAAUAACCGACAGCGAUGGCCUAUUCGAUAAUGACAACGAAAACAUUACCGAGAGUGAAAUUAAGAUGAAUCGCCGUAAGACCCUGUAUGAUGAGAGUCAAAAGCCCAGACCCCAAAAAGAUUCACUGACCGAUACAGCUGGACCCUCUACCAGCAAGGCAGGCGGUGGAGCAGCAGGUGGAGAAACCCCAGCAAAAAUGCCCACAAUGGAACCUAGGCAAAAAACUGAAGUUGACAGUGGUGAAAUAACUGAAAAGGAUACAGAAGAGGAUUUCGAAGCCAAUCCAAUAAUACGUUUAAUGGAAGGAUUUUUGGUUUCGCUGACCAUUCGUUUGAAUCGUUUCUCACGCAAUUAUCGUUAUGUCAAUAAAAUCCUCGAAGAAGAAAAGAAAGCCUUGAAGGAGUCCAACAACCUGUAUAUGUUUAAUGGUCGUUUUAGCGGCCGCAAUGCUGCUGCCAUAUUCAGUUUAAUGAAACGUAACAUUGCCAGUGAUGAACAUGAAGAUGCUACACGUCCUAUUGCUACUACCCCAACCUCAUCGAAAAGGAAUUCUAACAGUGCACCAUCCACCACCACCACACAACCACACAAUGAAUUUAUGCAAUCACCACCAUCACAAAUACCACCAUCCAUUAACAUAUCAACAUCACAAUUACAACAACAACAACAAUAUAAUGAUGAUAUCAAUGCCAUCGAGCCAUCAUCAUAUGAUGUCGUUGAUAGCAAAGAGACACUAUCGGAACCGAAUAGUAGCAAUAAGCUUGUACGACCAAAAGGGCGUAAAUCCGAGCCUUUACCCGAAAUACGCAUUAAGGCUCCAUCGUUCGAUCGUAGUCGCCGUGGCUCAGUUGCUCUAAUUACAAAUCAGUGGGCUCAAGAGAAAGUUACCAGCACGGAAUUGGCAUUCGAUGAAGAUGAUUUUACAGCACGCGAUCACAAUAUUAUUGUGGAAGUUUUGAUUUCAGCCUGGUAUGCCAUACUAUCGAAUACGGAUUUGAUUUGUUACAUUGUGGUGUUCAUUAAUCAGAUUGUCAACGCCAGUUUAAUAUCGUUGCCAUUGCCCUUGAUGAUUUUCCUUUGGGGCACCCUGUCGCUGCCACGUCCCACCAAAACGUUUUGGGUCACUCUUAUCGCAUACACCCAGGCCAUUGUACUUAUCAAAUGUAUCUUCCAAUUUAAAUUGAUCUGGACGAAUUACCAUUACAAUUUACCCAAUAAUCCAUUGGGUAUUGAGAAGUUGUUUGGUGUUGAAAUGAUUCCGGACUAUGCCACAUAUGAUUUGUUGCUGUUGUUGGUGUUGUUCUUCCAUAGAUUUAUUUUGAAAUCUCAUGGCCUUUGGAAGAUCGAUAACUAUAAGACUGCAAUGUUCCAAAGCGAGGCUGACGAGGACCGUAACAGUCUCAAUGCCUCCAAUGCUGAUGGUGCUGAAAUGAACUCAACCAGUGAUCGUCGCCGUUCAAUGGGUUCAGAUUACGCCUCCGGUAGUCGUGAAAGUAUAUCGGCCACCAAUGAAUUGGUGAAGCGUGUUGAAAGUUUCCAACGUCACAAGUACUUGUGUGGCCUCUCAAAAUUCUUCCAUAACUUGAUGCAUAAGGCCCGCCUGCCAACCGAUGUCUAUGCCCUGAUGUUCUUGUGCGAUUUUAUUAAUUUCUUUGUCUUGCUGUUUGGAUUUACGGCAUUUAGUUCAAAGUUAUCUGAUGGUGGUGUCAAAACCUAUUUGGCCGAAAACAAAGUCCCAGUGCCGUUCCUCAUCAUGUUGUUGGUCCAGUUCAUAUUGAUUGUAAUCGAUCGUGCCUUGUAUCUACGCAAAGCAUUGGUGUUCAAAAUUGCUUUCCACUUUAUAUCGGUGGUUGGUAUCCAUAUAUGGAUGUUCUUUGUUGUCCCAGCGGUCACAGAGCGUAGUUUCUAUGCCUCGGCUCCACCAAUAAUAUUCUACAUCAUCAAAUGUUUCUAUUUGCUCUUGUCCAGUUAUCAAAUCAAGUGUGGCUAUCCAACACGUAUUUUGGGCAAUUUCUUAACGAAGAGUUUCUCAAUGAUCAAUAUGAUUUCAUUUAAAAUUUACAUGGUCAUCCCCUUUUUGUACGAGUUACGUACAAUUCUGGAUUGGCUGUGCACGGACACCACAAUGACUCUCUUCGAUUGGCUGAAAAUGGAAGAUAUUUUUGCCAACAUCUAUUCAAUAAAGUGUCUGAGACAAAUGGAAACAGAUUUCCCUGCAGUGCGUGCCCAAAAGAAAGCGGCCUUUAUGAAAUUGUUGAUGGGUGGUGCUGUGAUAUUAUUUAUUGUAUUCCUUAUAUGGGGUCCCCUCACAUUGUUUGCCCUUUUCAAUGCUGUUGGACAAUCUAAUGUUCCCACAGAGGUUAAAGUAUCGCUACGCAUUAGUUCAUAUGAGCCCAUCUAUGUUACCAGCACCCGAGAAAGUACCUAUGUUUUUAACGAUGAAAUGUUUUCACAAAUGAAAAAUGCCUACAUAAAGGAGCGAGAAGCUUUGUCAUUCCUACUGAACUAUGAUGCCUCCGAUAUUGCUGCCAUCAAGCUAAGUGGUAAUUCACCAACUAUGUGGAAUAUUGCACCACCGGAUAAGAUGCGUUUAUUGGAUGAAUUGAAUAGCAAUGCAACCUUAACCGUCCGCUUGGCCUAUGAACUGACACGAACCCCACCCUCCAAGGGCCAAACGGGUACGGUGGGCUCAGAAAUUACCUUCCAAAUGAAUGACACCUAUGCCUAUCGAGAUACCCUAAAGGCCAUGAUAACUGGUGGCCCAAAUGAUAAGAACUCCACCAGUAAUGGAACCCUAAUAGAGGCCAUUAUACCAAAUAUUGUGCCGAAAUUUAUUAAAGUUCUAAACUCCGCUGAUCCAAUAUAUGUCUCAGCAUUGCUUGUCAAUACCAAUAAUAACUUCCGCGACUUGGGCAUCAAGGUCCACACAAAUAACUAUAGCUUCCAGUGGUGGGAAAUUGCCGAUCAUUGUGAUGACAAUCACAACAAUGUUGUGGGUUCGGGUGGCAGCAACAGCCUGGAUGAUGACGAUGAUGAUGGCAUUGAUAAAGCCAAUGAAAUAUUGAAAAAAUUACCCUUGUAUGAUUGCAAUUCGGGUAUAGUUUUCUAUACGUUUAACGAUAAGAAAUUCCCAUCAACAUGGACCUUUAUCACUGCUGGAGGCAUCAUCGGUAUCUACACUACAUUUGUUUUAGUGGUCUCGAGAUUUUUGAAGGGCUUCUUGGGUGGCCAAACUCGCAAAAUUAUGUACGAAGAUUUACCCAAUGUUGAUAGAGUAUUACAAUUGUGCCUUGAUAUUUAUUUGGUAAGAGAAGCCUUAGAAUUCAUGUUGGAAGAAGAUCUAUUUGCCAAACUACUCUUCCUGUAUCGUUCACCGGAAACCAUGAUCAAAUGGACAAGGCCACGGGAAGAGAUCGCUGACGAUGAAACCGAUACGGAUUCAGUGCGUAGCAGAGCCAGUGGGAGAAGAGAACAUCAACAGCAGCCACAGCAGCAGCAACAACAACAACAAUAAUUGAAUCUGUACACAAAAUAUUUGACUGGAUAUUAAGCUAAAAAAUAUAUUUAUAUUAGAGGUUUAUAAUUUUUGUUAUUACCCCUUUUCCUCACAUGUGGAUUGUUCUUUUUUUUACAAAUUUCACUUCAUUUUCUCAAAACAAACCUUAAAUGAAAAUAAGAAGAAAAAAACUGCCGACCAUUUGUAAAAAACAAAGAAACUUUGUUCUAAGAUCGUUUUAGUUUAAAAAUAGUCAAAUAUUAAAUUGUGUGUUUAUUUUUCACUUCUAUAGAAAAUAUUAAGCUAAAAUACUUUUUAUUAUAAAUAUUAAUCCAUUUAGUGUCAAGGUUUGUUUCAUAUUUUCAGGGUGUGGCAAAAAAGUGUACUUGUAUCGUGACGGGAUCCAUAAUGUGGACAUUCCUAAUGAUUAACUAAUUACAGCUUUUUGUGAGGUUAUAAAAAAUAUUAAAAAAUUAUCUUAAAUAUUUAGAGAUUUGGAAGAUAAUCUCAUUAAUAGAAACCUAGCCUAUAGCCCAUUAAAUCUCAAAAAACGUUCCACAUAAUCUUAUUUUUCCGAUAUUUUACCUUUAAAGGUAAAAUAUCGAAAAAGAUAAAAUAUGCCAUUUUUAGCUUGAUUUAAUUGAACAUUAUGGUAGAAACGAAUGUUAGGGUUAAAAGCCACUUGUUCGUACCAAAAUGUUCCUAUUUGUCAGUCUAAUAUGAACAUCCAGAAAUUCAUUUCGAUCGAAUAAAGAAAUUUUGCCCCAGUCCCCCUGUGGAUCUAUUCAUUUUAUAAGUAGUCACUUUUUUAGUUACCUCUGUCACAUUUUGUCUUCUAAUGUUCGAAUGCCAUUAUAUAUUUUUUUGUCUCAUCUAACCUCAAAAGAUACGAACUUUUGUAUUUUUAUUAUAGUUUUUUUUUAUACAUGAAAUAUAUCGAAUCAUAUAAACCAAAUCGAAAGAAUAUUAAAAAAAAACAACAACUAAAAACAACACCAUAAUAAUUAUAUAAAUGUAAUAAAAAUGUGAACUCAUAUUCAGGGAUUUUUAAGCAUUUUUUUGAUACAAAAAAUUAAAUAAAGAAAAAUAAAAUCAUAAAAAAAAACAAACGAAUAAACAACAUGUUUAUAUGUGUGUAAAAGUUGCUUGUACAUAUAUAUGUAUUACAAAUAAGUUAAACACAAAACAAAAUGUAUUAUAGUGAGGAAGAAAAUUUUGAAAAUAUUUGUAAUUUCAUAAAAAAAAAUUUUGUGCAAAAACAAAAAUUUGUGGAAUUCAAACCUUUACCUUGUAAAACAUUUGUGAGCAAAAUCCUUCAUAUUUUUUCCACUCUUUGAUGUAAACAUUUUCUCGGCCACCAAAUAAUAUUUUGUACCUCUUAUAAAUGUGAUGAUUUCAUUUGAAAAUUCUUAAAAGUAUUGUCUCAGACUCCACAAGGAUAUUUAUUCUAGAUCAUCACGAAUUGCUAUGUCGAUUUAACCAUGUCCUAACUAUACAACUUUUGAAAUACGUAGAUAAUAUUUUGAGAAUCUGCAUUUUCAGUUCAUAGAAGUUUUGAAAUUGAGAAAGAGUCAUACAUUCAAGCGAGUCGAAUGUAAAUUGACUUUAUAUACUCCCAGAAAGUAGACACGAAUCCUUGCAAAAAACUGUGCACAUCGAACGACAACGACCCGAUUGAAUGUUACUUGGCUGUUUGAAAUUCGAUUGUUAUCGAUUGAACAAAAUUAUCUUCGAUUUUUGGGUUUUGUCUUGUUAAAGAGAAUAUCAUAUGGUUAUGAUUCAUUUAUUUAAGAAGACGUUAGAAAGACCUUUUCUUCAAAGAAGACCUGAAAAAAGUCUUUCUGUAGAAGCCCUACAAAAGAUUCUUUACAUGGAACACCUGAAAAGUGUCUUCUAUCCGUAAUAGACCUUUCCUAUCUACAUCUACUUGCAGACACCCCUUCCAUAGAAGAAAAUAUAAAUAUUGGAAAAUAUGUACUCAUGAGUAUUCCAUUAGGCAUAAAAAGGGCUAAAAUCUUCAUGUGUAAGUUUUCGGCAUUUCUGUUUGUAACUCCUCGGAAUAAGCACCUCACAACUAAAUAUAUUCUUGAUCAGCAUAAGAUUGUAUGUCAAUUUAGUCAUGUCCGUCCAUAAAUGGAAAUCCCUUUAGCUUCCGAACGAAAUAAAGUAGUUUGAUAAAAAAUUGUUGAGUUGCAUUUUGGAAUUUUUUGGCAAUGACAAUGGAUUUAAGGUGUUUUCGCCGUACAAGUCAUAUUUUUGCUGUAAAUUUGCAGUUUGUAUUCCCUAUAUGUAGAGAACAUCUUUGCAAAGAACUGUCCAUAUAGAUCCAAGUUUAAGUAUAAUCCUCAGAUAAAAGUACCUCCAGAUAUUCGGUAUUUUGUCACAGUUUUCACCGGAGUUGUAUUAAAUUUGACAUUUGGAGUUCGUGAUGGAUACAGGUCCACGUCUUCGUUGAAAUUUUCCUAACUUUUCAGGGAAAUAUUUCAAAUUUGUAAUUUGGUGUUCGCAAUGGUUACUACUUUCUAUUAAAAUUGCCAUAUAAACAUUUUUUCCGUCUUUUGAUUAAUUUAGCCACAUUGACGGUCGUAAUAUGCACCGCCCUCGCUGCCUUCUUUAAAAUCAAAUUCUUAACUUUGACAAAACGGCGAUCCAUACAUUUCGACAGAUAUUUCUACAAAUUGUGCGGAUCAAUUUUUAAAAAAAAAAUCCAGAGAUUUUCCGUAGAAGCUUCUGAUGUCUAUAUGCUUGAUUGAUUUUUUAACCUUGACUGAAUCCAAUGACUAUUUAAUGAGGGCAUGCAAGGAGGAGAAUUCAGACCUUUGUCUUCUCUUGUUGUCAAAAUUUUUUUCCGAGUGCAAUCCUUCAAAAAAGGAAAAUCUCUAUAAACUGUCUCACAAACAAGGCUCCAUAAAUUGACUCAAUAUGAAUUUCAAAUAACAAACUUAGUUGUCAGUUGGGCUUACUGGUCGACCUUUUAUAGGUCAUGGUUGUUCCCGUUUAUUAUUUUUAAAAUAGAAUCAUUAAUUCUAAUUUUUAUUAAAAACAAUUGGCUUUGACAGCAAAACAAGAGAACAGCCAGUCUUAUCGUGUCACCUUGUAAAUACAUCUGGCUGAAUCCUUCACUUUUGAUAAUUGACAUCUAUGGUGUUCCCUAAGACCCUUUCUUCACUCAUUUUUUGCAUAAAUUUCAUAGAGACCUCCCUUAUUAACUUUCCAUGUAUAUAUGCUCGUUUAUACUCCCAUUUCCCGCAAUGACCUCACUAUAAUACACUUUGCCUGCUUUCUCUAGAUUUUUGUGUGAAAACCAAAAUAAAAACAAUAAAUGAAUAUUGUUUUUUAUUUUUUAUUAAAAGUUUUAUUUGUAAUUUUUUUUAUUUACAUAAUUUUUCUUAUAGCGCAACAGUUGUAAUUGUUAAAAAUAAAAACUACUAUAUUUAGAAAAUAUAUAUGUAUGUAACUGUGCAUAGAGAUUUAAAGAAAUGAAAUCUCCUAAACAAAAAAAAAACAAAAAAUGACCUAUCUAUCCAUCUAUUGAAUGUAACAAUAAUUUACAAAAACAACAACAAUAUAUAAAUUUUUAUACUGUACUAUUCUCGCUUCCAUAACAUCCACCACCACCAUCACCACUACCAGAACCUCCUAUAAAAUAAAACAAGAAAACAACUAAAUAACUGUAGCAAAGAAUCAAAUAUGUAGGAGCUUCAUAGCUGAAAUAAAAAAUAUUCGACAUUUUUUUUUUAACUAAAAUAUUUGGUGGUCAAGCGUUCAUACCUUUUUCAUUUUACUUAGAAUUUGUUUUCCGAUUCAGGAGCUUUAUUCUUGAUCUGUGAAAGUACGAAAUGAAAAAAAUUGCUUUGUAAAAUUCCUCUACAAAAGUUUUCAUUUAACUUUUUCACAGAACAAGAAUUAAGGUCCAGAACUUAUUUCGAAACCCAUUUAAAAUUCUGUUAAUUUUUUUAAGAUUUUUUUCCAUUUUCACUUUCCAUUCCCUUUCAUUUUCAUUAAUUUUUUCUCCAUUAUUCAGAAAAAAAUGCAGUGAAAUAAAAGUAUAGCCAAAAAAAAUAUUUAUUAUAAAAUGCCUUAAAUGUUGUAAUUUAUUAAAUAAAUGAUAAACAAAUAAAAAAUGGAAGAUACAAUAAUAUAUACAAAAAAUAUAGAAAAAAAAGAGAAACCAAAAAACUUAAUGUGCUACAUAAGAUACAUUUUCAAAAUCGAUUUGUUAAAAAAAAUUAUGGAAUAAAUAGUUUUCCUUAGCAAAUUAAAAAUAAAUUAUAUACAGUAUGAGCUUAGUAAAUAUAACUUAUAAAAUACCACAUGGGAGAUAUACGGAAUUUCGCCAGAUUCAAAGAGGUAUUAGAAUUUAAAGAAAAAUAUAUGGCUUUUCAGGAAAAUAAAUCAAAAGAAUAAAUUGAGAAAAAUAUUAUCAAAAGCUCUAUCGGAGAGUGAUCUGGAAAUAUAUUUAGAAAAUAAUUAUGUAUUUGUUUUCUUAUAGUUGAAGAUUUAUUCGGUGGAUUACUUUGGUCUAGAGUAUUCCCCUAUUGGCUUAACCUCAUAUUACUCUCCAUCACAUAGAGUGAUCUGCUUCAAAUAUUUUCAUGUUUUGAAUAUUGAAUUUAAUACAAAUCUAUAAAAUAGACAAAUAUUCCUUAAAUACUCCUUUUCCAAAAUUGGAUCAAAAAAGGUGACUUUUAUUAACCAUCUUUGAAUUCAUAAAAUUUUCCUUCUCCGCAUUGAAGUCUCCUCUUCCUAAUCGGGCUCAUACUGUAUAUAAUUUUGAUAAAAAGUCAAUGCUUAAAAUUAUUCUCAUAUGCGAAAAUGUGCGAAACCCAACUAAAAUGCUUGUUAAAAAUAAUAUUCAAAAAAUCAGUAAAUUGGCAUUUUAAAAUUAGAUAGAAAAUAACAAAUAAGGACAAACAGAUAAAAUCAAAUUUAAUUGUAAAUUCAAGAACAACAAAAUUGAAAACAAGGGCUCAAUUCUUAUUCUAUGAAAAUGUGAAAUGAAAAAUUUCAAAAGAAA